AUGAUGAAAAUAUGGUCAAUGAAACAACAGCAACAGAAGGAUGAGCAGGCUCAAGGAGCAACACAGAAGAAAAAGAAGGUCACGGCUGCCCAGUUACGAGUGCAGAAAGAUCUCAGUGAACUCUCCCUCGGAAACACCAUGAAGACCACGUUCCCUGAUCCCGACGACAUUCUCAACUUCCAGCUCACGAUCGAACCCGAUGAAGGCAUGUACAAAGGCGGCAGCUUCGUCUUCAACUUCGCCAUCAACCAGAACUUUCCCCACGAUCCGCCCAAAGUCAAGUGCACGCAAAAGAUAUACCACCCGAACAUUGAUCUGGAGGGAAAUGUGUGUCUGAAUAUACUGAGAGAAGAUUGGAAGCCUGUGCUGAAUUUGAAUGCUGUGAUAGUCGGCAUGCAGUUCCUCUUCCUGGAGCCUAAUGCGUCCGACCCGCUCAACAAGGAGGCAGCCGAAGAUCUAAGGAACAACCGAGAAGGAUUCCGCCGCAACGCCCGAACAGCCAUGGGUGGGGGUGCGGUGAAGGGCCAGACCUACGACCGAGUCUUGCGAUGA